AUGGAUAGCGAAGGGUACAUGUACAUUCACCCACAUUACGCAAAAUAUCCGAAAUACCUGAAAGAUGUAAACUGCAAGGUCAUAUUUUUGGAAGGAGCAUUGAGAGAUAAUAUAACGAACAAAGGUAAAAACGUAUUCAAAGAAGUCGCUGAAGUAGAGAAGCUGACUUGUGUUCUUCAACAGGUAAAUGAAAAUAAGCGAUUCUUUGCAAAUGGGGAUGCCUUUUACAUUCGUUGCUUCAAUAAUGGUACCAAGAUAUUCGAGGAUGUCUAUCCUGGCAUGAGGGACCUAGAUAGAGUACCUAACACGGUUUACUACACAAGAGAUACGCAGUCAUUUGAUGAUUAUGGCAGAAAACUUGCAUCAGAGCCGUUGAAAAAACGAGACUCGCAUUAUUCUAUUGACAUUCUUGCUUUUGAUUCGACAUCUCGAACAAUGUUCAUGCGACAUUUACCGCGAACUUUGGAAACUAUGAAUAAAUUAGGCUAUGAGCUAUUUUAUGGUUACAAUAAGGUGAGUGUAAAGGAAGUACUUCAACUACUCUACUGCCUAUAA